CAGCCUCUGCUUGUGCUGAGAUUGGGCACCUGCACUGGAGCUGCCAUCUCUAGUGCAACUCGUGUGUAGCAAAGGGUCAGGGUAGUCAACCUUAUAACAUGCAGCUGAUAGUUCUGGGUACCAUGUCUGCUAGUCCUGUGAAUGGUGCCCCUGGGCACGGAGUGCUAAAAUUGGACAUCUUUUACUGGGUCAGGGCAGUAGCAACUGCUCGGAGCGACUGGCCUGUGCUAACCCUUCCCCUCUAAUAUUGCACUUACAAUUUUACACUUGCAAUCAACCGUGGGAACAGAGCGGCAGAUUCAGGUUGUUCGAGAGCUGGCCGCAGACAUCUCUGUGUCUAUUGUUUGCAGCUGCAAUGAAUCCAGGGCACAACCAGAGGCUGGACUGAGAUUCCUGGGGACUUUGCCCUACUUAGCCUGCAUGAAAGCAAGGACACGAUGCCGUUCUUCUAUCUAUGACAGGAGAUCGGGGUCCAGAGCACCGAGUCUCACAGCAGUGUUUUUCGUUACAGCUUGCGAAGAAUUAAUGAGCGGCCUUUUCAAGUCUGAAUCAAGGAAUAUCACAUUCCCUGGAUUAAAAUUUACCUCGGUCUUUAUCAAAGACUUGCACGUGGCUACAAUUAUCAUCUACCCGGUCAAGAUAUUGUGCGUUCCUGGAGUUGGGGUCAAGGUGAUAUUUACUGCUAAACUCCACAUCCUAGGCACUUGUACCAGCAACAUCCUCCCAGGCAUGGUCACGAUCAGCCUGAAAGUACGCUGCAUUGCUCUGGUCCUGCUGACCCAGUUCUCGCCCCUGAGCAACACCUUCCCCAUCAACAGCUCCAAGUGUGCCGUGGCCUUCCUUAAUGUCACAAGCAGCUUACCCGACGUCAAUGCAGGCGUGAUAGCCUCGCUACAGAACAGUGUCACGUUCGAGAUACAGACCAAGAUAUCCAAAAUAUUCUUCAGAUCUCUGUCUCUCGGACACGAAACGAUGCUGGAUGAUCUGACAACUGCACUUCCAAUUGAAAGCGGGAAAAUCCGGUAUGUGAUUCAAACUCCGAAGGUCCACAACUGCACUAUUGAAGUCCCUGUCCUGACUGAGUAUGAGACUGACAGUGGAGAGAAAAUCCUCAUCCCGCCGGAGCCAGAUGGCGAUAUCAAGUUGCCAGAAUAUCACGAGACUUCUGAGGCCAUUGGGCAGACUGUACUCACUUUUAUCUACUCCAGAAUUGUCUUACCAAAACCUCUGUCCAUCCCUUGCACUCCUGCGACGUUUUAUGAAACGACCGCGCUCGAGAACAUUAUUACGGAUCUGAUCGUUUCCAGGUGCUCGAUCUGUCCCGUGAUCUUUUCCUCACUCGUCAUCAACAUCAAGGUGCUUAGGCCUCUGGAGGUGUACUUGGACGUGGGUGUGUGCAACAUGAACAUCUCUCUCACUCUGGAGAUUGUCACUAAGCAUGGGAAUGGCAGCUUGAGUCUCCUGAAGCUGGAAGUAAGACUUGAUAUGACAGCUAUACUUCAAGUUACCAACGGGCAUGUACUGUUUAUUACAACCCUGGACAGAUUGCACAUCAGAUGGAUUUCCUCGGUUGUUGGACGGGUUAAUGUCGAACGCCUUUACCCAACCCUGAAAGCUUUUGUCUUGAAAAUUAUAAUGAAGAACAUCAACUUUAAUCUCCAAAAAGGGAAGUUCCCACUCCAUAAAUGGCCAGGAUUGAAACCCAAAGCUGCCAAGUGCCGUUUUGCUAAGCGCUGCAUUGUGUGCUGUAACCGUGGCAAGAAGGGAUAAUGUCCGAGAUGCGGUGCUUGCUGUUGUGCCCCUGACACGGAGCAGGAGGGAAGACAGACCACCAUGCACCAAGAGAUUUAAGUCCUGUUUCCCUUUUCCCUCCACUGUAAGAUUUUUAUGCUAACAUGGGGGGAAAAAAACAACACAUCCUUUUGCAUUUCCGAUGAAGAAAUACAGGAAAUCUGAAUGGGCUCCUUAAUAAUUAUUAAGUGAACACUGUCCGAGUUGCUAUUUUUCAGAUCAGCUCUGUCUUGGGUUAUAUGGUUUAGGGGGAGAUGGAGGACUCUGUGGUUAUUUUGCUGUUGCUUUUGUUUGCUCUUUUAAUAAACCUUCCUCCUUCCAGCACUCAAGCUGUGCUCUUUCCCCCUUGCUGCAGAGUUCAGUUCCCCGCUGGAUAAACCAGCACACGCAGAUCGGGGUUAUAAGGUUUCGGAGGAGCUCAGGUGGGCAUGGGUAAUUCCAUCUGUUGGUCCUCAGGGAAUCGUAGCUGUUAGAAAUGAGAAAAAUCCUGCUUGCUUUUCUGACCCGUGGCUCCCUAUAACCUGCUUUCUACGGCUGCGUUCGACUGUUUGUUGUUUUUGUUUGUUAAAUAAUUUAUCUCAUUUUUAUUGUAAGCUGCUCUGGUCUUUUUGGGGGAGGGCAGCAUAUCAAUCAAGUAAAUAAGCCUAGUCUUCAAGGUAAUCCGUGAAGGAGGGGAAAAUGCGUUUGUGCCCUUUUCUGGCUUGUUAUGAUGUUCAUUUAUAUAUAGCUCUAU